AUGGCAAUCAAAGCUCCAUUUCAACUUUUGAUGCUGUUGGGAAUUAUUUCCCUAGCUUCCUCAGUUUCUGUCUCUUCUAGACAUGAUCAAGAAAACCCUAACCCUUUUUUGUUUAAGUAUAACCGUUUUCAAACUCUUUUCGAAAAUGAAAAUGGUCACAUCCGUCUCCUUCAAAGGUUCGACAAACGUUCCGAGAUAUUUGAGAAUCUUCAAAACUAUCGUCUUUUGGAAUAUAAUUCUAAGCCUCACACACUUUUUCUUCCACAACAUAAUGAUGCUGACUUUAUCCUUGCAGUUCUAAGUGGGAGAGCCAUUCUAACAGUGUUGAACUCCAAUGAUAGAAAAUCCUUUAACCUUGAGCGCGGUGAUACCAUUAAACUUCCUUCUGGCACCAUUGCUUAUUUGGCAAACCAAGACGACAAGCAAGAUCUUAGAGUAUUAGAUCUCGUCAUCCCAGUAAACAAACCCGGUCAAUUUCAGUCUUUCUUACUUUCCGGAAGUGAAAACAAACAAUCCUUCUUAUCUGGGUUCAGCAAGAACAUUCUAGAGGCCUCCUUCAAUGGAUCUCUUUUGUUGCCACACUACAAUUCAAGGGCCACACUUAUUGUAGCAGCUGUUGAAGGAAAAGGAGAAUUUGAACUUGUGGGCCAAAGAAAUGAGAAUCAACAGGAGCAAAGAGAAGAAGAUGAGGAAGAGGAAGAAGAAGGACAAGACAGAAGCAGACAAGUGCAAAGGUACAGAGCUAGAUUGUCUCCAGGUGAUGUCUUUGUGAUUCCAUCAGGUCAUCCAGUUGCUGUGAGUGCUUCUUCAAAUCUCUAUUUAGUUGGAUUUGGUAUCAAUGCUGAGAACAAUCAGAGAAACUUCCUCGCAGGUGAGGAGGACAAUGUGAUAAGCCAGAUACAUAGACCAGUGAAAGAGCUUGCAUUCCCUGGAUCUGCUCAACAAGUUGAUAGACUAUUAAAGAAUCAAAAGCAAUCUUACUUUGCAAAUGCCCAACCUCAACAAAGAGAGGAAGAAAGCCACAGGAAAAGGGGUCAUGUAUCUUCAAUUUAGGGAGUUUUUAAUGAGUGAUCAAAUAAUAUGAAUGUAUGCUAUAAAGAGCUAUACUACUAGCUCAUAGUGAGCAAAAAAAAUAAAACGGCUUUUCUUGUAGCAAUAACUAGAGUUC